AUGUCAGAAGAGCAUAUUGGACAAGAGAGUCAUGGGCAAAAUACUGAGGUAUCUGAACUUCAUUCAAGUGCUAGAGGAGAUCAGAUCGAUAGUGAUGGUGAUAUUGAGGUUAAUUUACACGAUGAAACUGAGGACAGAGUAAAGCGUGGAAAGACAAAAUUGAAAGAUAUUUGGAACCUUCCAAAAGGUCAUAGAAUCGUGGUUAGAUGCAAUGAGUUCGAUCAACCAGUUGGAGCAGAGGCUGGAUUUCUAGGAAAAUUUCUUGGCAUGGUGGCUAGGAAUGGUUGCUUGUGUAGCUUGAGCUACAAGGAUUGGAGGCUUCUAAUAGGAAAGAAAGAAAAAAAAAACACUGAUGAACAAAAAAAUAAGAAGGAUAUACUUAAGCAAGUGAAGAUGAGAUUCCUGUACCCUUAUCGCAUGGAAAAAUGGAUACUUCGAACCAUUGGAGAGAGAUGGAGGGAGCACAAGUCUAAUCUGAGAUCAAUAUAUUUUGAUGAGCAUAAGAGCACAAAAGCUAACCAUAGUAAUGUUCCUAACGGUAUAAUUGCUGACCAGUGGAUUGCGCUUGUUGAUAAUUGGACGACUCAAAAAGCACUGGAUAUAAGUAAGAAAAACAGAGUAAACUGUACAAAGAAGAAGUCAACACAUACAACUGGAACAAAGAGUUUUGCUCGAAACAGAGAGGAGUCGAGAGAAAAAGAUCCUGAAAAGAAAUACCCUCACAGGGCUGUUUUGUAUAUCCAUACACACCAGACUAGAAGUGAGAAGAACACAAAUGCACAUGUGGGGGAUUUGAAGGAACUUAUAGUGCAGCAGCCAGGUUUAGCGGAGACCAGUCAAGGAAAGGUUGCAUGGAAAGGAGAUGCACUUAGUAAAAUAUUAGGAGAAGAAAAGCCUGGCCAUGUGCAUGGCUUGGGACUUGUUCCAAAUCCUAAUCAAGUGUUUGACGUAUCCACUUCAAAGCGCCUUAAGAAUGUAAAUUUGACUUCACUAGAUGCAACAUCAAGUGAAGAUGUAGUAUCUUUGAGACUUCAACUAGAGAAGCAUGGCCAGCAUGUCCGGAAUCAAGAUUCCACUAUACUACAGCUGCAACAGAAGACAAGAACCUUGGAACAUAAACAAAUCCAACAGGGAUGUUUAGAUGAUCCUGUCUAUGCACCUAAAGAUGGCUAUUGUGCUUAUGUGCCAAAUACGAAACGAAAACGAGUAUAUAGUGACCCUCAAAAUCAAGAUUCCAGCAUGGAUGAACAACUGAAUGAUACAAUGAAUGGGCAAGCUGACAAUGUGGAGGAUGAUGAUCUGCAGCCACAUUACAAAUACCUUAGUCUUGUAGAGAAGAGGCAAAAUGUUAUGAAGCAGAGAAAAAUAGAUAUUGUUAGCUCAAAGAAACAGGUUGUCGCAAAGGAAACAUCUGCUACUCCCUCAAAUUUUGAAGCAUCUGACUACCAAAACAAGAUCUCAACAACGCCUAGUGCAACAGUACCUGCUAGUGUAUAA